GUUUGAAUAGUGUUGGUGUUUAUUGUUUAUGUUUUCAAAAGUAAGGCUCCGUCAAGAACAAGAAAGGAAAGGCAUUAGUAUAAAAGAAGGGAACAAGCACGCACACCACUAAUUUUAAUUUGAAUAAAAUCUCACAAAAAAGAUGUCGUCGCUUUUGUUUUUGCUUUUUCCGUACUACCCCACGGAGAUUCCGGAGCACCAUGACCAUGAACCGGCGUUGCUUCACAAACACAUUCCGAUCUCGGCAGAGGCACCGAACAUGCGCGAGUUCGUAUGACAGUGCACAACUCCCCCUCCCCCUCAUUUGUAUAGCAUGAACGGCAAUACAACUGUCAGCAAGAGUGCAGGUUUUGCAUGACAAAUUUGCACAACAGUGUAGUGCUAUUUGGGCUGCCGGAACUUGUCAUGCAUAAUAGUGACAGGGGGCAAAGCGUAGAUUUGGUAUUUUGCAUGAGAAAUGAGAACGAGGGGGAGUUGUGCACUCUCAUAGUUCGAUGGGGGCGAUCACAACCUCGCGAUGUCCAGUUUGCGCACCAUAGGCGGGUAUCAACUGUAAAAGUGUCUGGGUCUGGAAGAAUUCAUGUUUGUCAUGCUUGUCUGGCAUGACUCUUAAAUCUGUCAUGCGCGUUACCCGGCGUCUUUGGGUUGAUCAACUCACCCGAAACACAAUGUCAUCCCGUAGUUGCACAGUCUGUUUAUGUCAUGCGCGUUACCCAACAGCUCCGUUUUUCUGUGAUGCAGAAGCGCAGUUUGUCAUGCAGAAGAGGCAACACCUAGGAGCUCAGAAACUUGUCAUGCUGAGCCAGCAUUUGUAGCCUCAUCAUGAGACGCCGCCCAGCAUCACAUUCACAAGUUUCCAGACCCAGACAUUUUUACAGUUGAUAGCGGGACAGAAAAUACCAGGAACGACCUCUUUGACGCACGAAGCGCAAGCAGUAGAAGUAGUGCUGGGCCAGCAGAAGCUGCUCCUGCAUCUACUUCUGCGAAUGACGAGGACGGGGGCAGUGGAGCGAAUGAUUCCGAAGGAGCUGCAACAGUGGCGGGUCGUGCUGCGACGUCUGCGGGGGGUAGUAGUACGGGGCCAUCACCAUUUUCAGCAGCAUCAUCUUCUCGGCCGCGCGGCCGGGGUGCACCAGCUACAGGAGACGACAACAUCAAGAACGACCCUCCUCCCUUUGGUAAUGAUCCCGAGCAGCAGGACCCUUUUGCUGCGGGCGCAACUUUGCGGCAACGGUCCCCACCUUCAGUCGGUGAGCAAGACACGGUGAACAACAUUAAACCACCUCCCAGCAUUGCGACGUCCUCCUCCUCCACGGUGACGCGGGGCGCGCCGCUGCAACCCGAACACGAGUUCGAGGGGACGAAGGCCGGUCAGGCCGGUAGCAGUACUUCGGGAGGUACUAGUACUGCUGACGAGUAUGAACGACGAGGGUCCUCCUACCCAAGCGACAACGGUAAGAACAACCCCGCGGGGACGAUAAACAACGGACAACUCUCCUCUAUCGUGUGUAAAAACGUCCCCACCCCAGAGUUGUCAUGCAGAAUUGCAAGGACAGGCACAGUUGGAUUGUCACAAGGGCAGGAAGCGAAACAGGGCGAAGGAUGUAUUGAGGUGCAGGGCGGUCGGGCGCAUGAGGAGGGCAAAGUUGGGGAGGCCGGGGGCCAGGAAGCUCCUGACAGGCAGAGUGUGAGUCAGGCUGUAGACACCCAGAAAGAUCCGAAAAUUAAUUGCGGGACCGCAGUCGUUGAUCCAUUGCGCAAGUUCCACAUGGGAGCCGACUGCCUCGCGUUAUGCCGCGAGCUUGGUAAGGAUUUGGGGAAGUCAAAGAAUAAUGGUGCUAAGGCCCCAGCGUCGGCUGACCGGACCUGUAGAGGAAGUGAGGCUGCUGGCGCCCCCCAAGUAGGGCGCGCGGCUUCCUCGUCCUCCUCGGUAGCGCACAAAAGGUGCGACCAGCUCACGAGAAGCGAGCGCAAAAGGUUUCAGGUGGGGAGCCCAAGGGGCACAGGGAGCAGCUCGGACGAGCUGGCAAGAGGGAGCGCUAGCGCAAGUGCGGACAGAGACCAAGAGCGAGAGGCGGACGCAACAGUGCGCGGGGAUGCCACUGCUUUAGGGGAAGAGGGAGGACAGGCAGUCAGCGCCCGGCGCGCUGACCCCAGCAGUGGGCCGAGAAGUCACAGCCGGGACAUCAAGCAGGGAGUUGCCGAAGCGGCCCCCCCUCUCGCAAAGGAGUUUGGCACGAGGCAGCUGCCAGCGCAACAGGAAGCGCAAAAGAACAAGGGGGUGGCGGCUUCUGUCGAGCAGACGCAGGGCCCUGCAGAACCGGCAAAGCAGGCGAAACCCUUUGGGGAGCCCUUCGGGGUAGGGGUGGGAAAGUUCCAGAGGCUCCUGGAUGUCGUCCAUCUGAUGGAGCCAGCCCACAGCGCGGAUCAACAAGAAACGAGGGGGGACAGGCUGGAGUGCGAACAGUUUUCACCCAGGAGUUGGGGUGAGAUGUUGCGUAGGGUUACAGGCAGGAAGAAGGAGGAUUUCGAGUAGAGUAAAUACUCGGCGUCCAGCUGCGUCAGUGCCUGCGCUAGGCAAGAGCAACACUAUGAACCACUGAAAUUCGACACAUUCAAAUUGCAACACUCAGACUUUCCUUUUCUCGAUGAGCAGACUGCAAAACAAGAAAAAAAAAACAAAAGCAGAAGUGUAACAUUAGCGGGCGCUUUAGCUCCUGCUCUUCGCUGCCUAGGCAGUCGAGUUCGCCUCAGUCGCGAGACCGUAUUUGUGUUCGGCGGACGAUACAGCGCCUGCUGAUCAUGUCGUGUUCUGCAACAGAAGCAAAGCGGUGGCAACAAGAACGAACAUCGAAGGGCACCGGGUCACUAUGUAUGAAGGGGAUUGCCGGUCACCCUUAAGUGGUAAGCUCCGAGACGAAUCCGGUUUACGAUCCCAGUCCCCCCUCCCACCCUUUGCUUCUGUUGCAGAACAAGGCUGCACUAUGACUGCCAUGCACAAACUAAGCCUUUAAGUUGUCGCUGUGCCCCAGGAGGGUUGCCGGUCAGCAGCGACAAACAACUGGUCGAUGGUUUGACAACUGUGGUCCGUGCAAUUGCCCUGUUCGCCCGUGCCGCAGGUAAGGCACAAACGGUCCAGCCUCCCCUGUCUGGGCGGGGUUGCGGCUUAGGGGAGAGUCUCGCCCCUUAACCCAAAGGGGUGCGUCGUCUCUUCCGUGAGAACAAAAACGUAAGGCGUAAAAUGGGUCGGGUCCUGGAUCGUUCUGUAUGUUGGGCUGUCGCGCCCGGCUUGCUGGCCGGGCUGUGCUGAUCAGGUGUGGUGGGUAGCUCCCGACUGGUUGGUACUUUUCUUGGGGCGACUUGCCGUGGUAGCGCUCGGCUUUUGUAUGAUGAGGUCGCCGAAAGUGCUUCCUCGCCCACCCCCCCGGGGAGGGGGUCCUUGACCUGUGGCGCCGGGAGCGGGUGUCCACUACAUGAUGAUGAUGAUGCGCAUCCCCAAGACGAGAGGCAUUUAUUUUCAAUCGUGUUUUGGCAUUUGUAAUGCUGCAAACAGGAAGAUAAGCGAUAAGGGGAAGGCUUUGUCAUACGGCUGCCCUUGCUAACCGGCACUAAAGUACAGCGAGAAACUUGUCAUGCAGGAUUCCCAAAACUUCUGGAUUUGUGUUGCAGAGAUUCCAGACCCAACUUGACUAUGGGGUCGGGACCACGUUUUUACUGAGGAUAUCGUCCUCCGCAUCAUCUUCCGAGAGAACCGGUGCGGAUCAUGACGGGGGACAAGCUCCUCGUCCUCCUGACGAUAACACUAUCAAAUGCAAAUAUGUCUGGGUCUGGAAGAAAGCAACUUGUGAUGCGUCCUGCAGAUGCCUCAAAAAUUUGUCUUGCGCGAGUAGCACAAAGGGCCCACUUUUGCCCACCCUGCAGCGUUAUUUGUCAUGCGGGAUAUGCAUUGCAAAGCCCUUGCAAAACCUGUGAUGCUAUACCCUGCAUCCGAAUCGAAUCCUCGAGGUGCAUCCAAAAUCUGCAUGACAAACUCCUGCACUCAUCCAGACCCAGACAUAUUUGCAAUGCAUAACCACGAGCGAAGUGGGCCGCGUCCGGAAGGCGGGAAGUAGCAAUAGUCCUUAUGAAAAGGAAAAAUACCCCCUCCCCAUAUCAAAACGAAGCUUCUGAUGCAGGAUUUGCGAACACAAAUCAGAAUUGUCCUGCUGGAGAGGAAUGCAGGCCCAUGCUAAGCCUAACUAGAGAGGUUUUGGCCUAGGCGUGCAGCAUGAGAAACGUCCGCGCUGUAGGCCCAUCAGCAUCACAAACCGCCUGCACAAUGCUGCGGAGCUUGUGGAGUUGCCUUCUUGCAAGACACACGUGAUUUGUGGUCUCAAAUCAGCAACACAAAUUUUCGGAAGCAUACCGCUUCGAUAUGGGGAGGGGGGAUUUUUCCUCUCAAUAGUCCUCGCGAUGGAACCUCCUCCACUUCUGCUGGAGUGCGGGACCAAGGUCGUAGUCCUGCUUCUACCAGCUCCCUAGGCUCGUCCUCUUCCGCCGCUCGAAAUUCACGCGGCGAAGGAGGAGAAAGCGGCUCGCUGGUACGUGGGGGUCGAACUGCUGGCGGGGCUGCACCGCAGAACAAUUAUCCAGAUGACCUAAGCGACUCCGAUAGAAGUGCUACAGAUGCAAGAACUUCAUCCGGGAUGAAUAAAAUGGCACACAAGAAUUACAGUGAGGAAGAGGCCCAUGCAACGAGCGACUAUCUCCCCUUCGGCCCCAUCCCGAUUGGCACGGUGCUGCCGACUUUUUUCUUUUACGUGUGUCUCGGCACGCUGCUCGGUCUCUGGUUCACGCGCACGCGGCCGGAGCGGCGAAAGUACGGGCGAACCAACGUCGAAUUGUGGUACAUUAUCGUCCACAACGGGUGCAUCUGCUUUCUGUCCGCGCUCGCGUGGCUGAAGAAAUCGAAAGAGCUGGCGCUGAUCACCUUUUCGCUCGAAGUUUCCUACGAGGUGUUUGACAGCCUGCUGCUCUACAAGCGGUUUCGUAAGCUCGAUCACGAAACGCUGCUGCACCACGUCGGGGCGCCGCUGUGUAUUCUCUUCUCCAUAUUGUGGGGAAAAUUUCCCCCUCUUCAUAUCAAAAAUGGAAAUUUGUGAUGUUGAUUUGUGGUCACAGGUCGACUUGUAUUGCUAGAAGGCCAAGAGACGCAGUUGUGGCCUCGUUUGCAGGCAAUUGGCCAUGCUCUUUCCCACUUCCAGCUGCCUCCUAUGAUGCUGAAGAUGCAAGGGCUUAACACGCCACCCAGCACUACAGUCCGCAUCUUUUCCCAUCUAGCAUGACAAAAUGAAUUGUGUACACAAAUCCGGCAUCACAGACUUCGAUUUUGAUACGGGGAGGGGGGAAUUUUUCCUUUCAAUACUCCACGCAGACCAACAUCGACUUCCGAAUUCUGUUAUGCAUUGCAAACAUGUCUGGGUCUGGAAGAAUGCAAACUUGUGAUGCGCAUUUCACAACGCGUGAGAAUCUCUCAUGCGUAGGCAGCAAAAGCUGCCCAUUUUCUGUGACCAAAGUGGGGAAUUUGUCAUGCGGAUUCGGCAUUGCGGAAGCUUCUCGAAACCUGUGAUGCUAGAGCUUCCACGCCAGACCUUCUGUGUCAUGCAAAAGCAGCAUAGCCACUCUACUCUUCCAGACCCAGACAUAUUUGCACUUGAUAUCUGUGUCACCUCAUGAUCUGCAUCGACUUGUCCGGGGCGAUACUGGCGUUCUCCAAACUUCUAUCGUGAGAAAAAAGUGUUACAGUUACACACUGUAAUGGAAGACAAGCAAGACAGACAACCUCAUUUCGUGCGUGUUUUCCCUUGUUAUAGUCUACGCAUCACAGGUUUUCUUUGCCAUGUCGAACAACAACAACUUUGUGAUGCAGAAAUUCCAACACAUGUCGUGUAAAUGUAACACUUUUAUUUUCCUGUGAUAACUUCUGAUGCGGACCGGCAAGCACGCGCUGGCCAAGGUGUAUCGCCGCCUGUUCUACUUCUACCUACCCCUCCGGAUAUCCUGUGCAAAAGUAUCGUACUCGUAUACUUGCAAUCAUGCAUUACAAAUUCUUUUUUUUAGGUAAAGCCGCAUUACAAAUUUUAUUUCUCAUGCUGAGGGAGUUUGUCAUGCAUUUAUACGAGUACGAUUACGAUACUUUUGCAGUUCAUACCGUAUUAUCGGACCCGCGUUUGACACGGUGCUAUCAAGUGCAAAUACGUCUGGGUCUGGAAGAAUGCAUGUUUGUCAUGCUUGUCUCGCAUGACUCCUAAAUCUGUCAUGCACGUUACCCAAGAGCCGCAUUUUUCUGUCAUGCAGAAACUCAAUUUGUCAUGCAGAAUAGGCAACACCUAGAAGCUCAGAAAAUUGUCAUGCUGAGCCAGCACUUGUUGCCUCCUCAUGAUACGCCACCCAGCAUCACAAGUUUCCAGACCCAGAGAGAUUUGCAUUUCAUAGCUGCUGAUCCUUCACAAUUUGUUUCUCGUGCCGGGAAACUUGAAGUCUUGGACGCAAUUCUACUUCAUGUCGUUCAUGACGAUAAACGGGUUGAAUCUGUACUUCGCAGUUGUGAUCUGGCGGAAGGGGUUCGGCUAUUACACCGAGGACUACCUGAAAAACUCGGAGGACUGAAAUAGAACUAACAAGAAACCUCGACCAGGUUUUUAUGUUUGUUCUCCAUGCACUCGACGGCGUCAAGACUGGUGGCGUAGUUCACGUGCGGACUACUUGUGGUGAGAUGUCUAUGUUGUUUCACAACUCUAUCUUGCGCAGCAAGAACACUACGUCUGAUAGAAGUAGAAUUUUUGAAGGAAUCAAAAUCAUGCCGGACCUACACACAGUCGCAGCCGCAGCGACAGUUGCCUAUUGUGUGUAUGCAGUUCCUGCAGGCCCUGUUGAGGUAAAAUGAUCCGUUGCAAAGCCAAAUGUGGCUGGGUCGUCUGGAAGGGUGCGCUGGUUUCUAGAAUGAGUGCAUGUUUCGAACUAAUAAUAAAUGCGCAGCUGGUUUUUAUUUGGGUGAAUGCAGAUGCACCCACAGGCAGAUGACAGAUUUUGGCUUUGCGAAGGCUUGAUGUUCCCUACGCGUAUCUCGCUCGAGAAAAUUGCUCUUUGGGUAGACGCAAAAAACGCGAAAUUUUCAUUUUUGUGUGCACCCAAGAAGUGGAGCUGGUGAGCAUCACAAAUGCGGUCAUCAUUUCGAGAGGGCCAAGAAGACGUAGACAUGUUUGCAUAUGCAUGUGACCGCGUGCACGACCACGGGAGUUGCAAUUAGACUUGCAGAGAAGUCGUAGCUGUUGUGGC